AUGGCCGUCAGUGGCAAGGAGCGGGCGAUUGGUGUGGUCAGCAUGGCUGAAGAGGGGGCUCGAAAUCUGCAGCAGCUGAAGGCGUCCCAGUGUGAAAAAAAAGAUUAUUGCCUGAAGGAGUUGCUGGAGUUGGUAGAGCCACCGAAUAUGCAAACUGGUGAGGAUGAACUGGACCAUUUGCAGGAUUUGAGGCGCUGCCAUUUGGAGGGCGAGACGCCAGACAACGACGUGGGGACGAGGCAAACUCUUCCUGGAUGGAUAAGCGGGCCGAUCGAACGUGAAGUUGCCAAGUGGGUCGAAGAACACCAUAAAUGGAUAUCCAAAAUUGAUGCCAGAUGUGCAGAAGGAAAGGAGUUGACUCCCUCAAUAAAGGUCCAGUAUGACCGCUGGUGCUCCGAUUCCAAGGAAAAGCAGCUUCUUUUCUCCAAAAAGACCUGCAGCUUGGCAGGCCGAAUCAGAAAAAAUGCAAACCAGGAGCGCUUGAGAAGGGAGCUGUUUUCACUGGUCAUUUUCAUGUCCUCUGACCCGACGGAGCUUUUAGUCCAAGCGGGCAGCGGCGAAGCCAGGCGGCUUGUUUUGCUUGAGGGCAUGCCACAGAGCCCAAACCUUCCAGACUUCAUCGACCAAGGUCUUGCAGAAGGGGCCAUCGCUGCUGCGUUAGAGCAAGGCAAACAUGAACAAGAGGAGGACCGUGAUGAGGGCGAUGUGGAGCUCGAAGGAUGGAUAGAUGAGCAAAAUGCCAUUAUGGAGCAGGACGCUUUGUGUGAUGGUGGAUCUGAUCUCGAGGAGAUCCUAGCUUUUUCUGAUGAAGAAGAAGGGCUGGCUGAAGUGAUUCCUUCCGGCAAGUAUGUAGCUGUGAAGAGUUUCCACCACCGGCCUGUGUUCAAGAGCUUGGAAGAGAAAGGGCUCACGCAUCUUCCGCAAGGAGGCGUUCACAUCAGCUACCACAAGACAAGUCGCACAUGGAGCGGAUACUAUCCCGGGAGAGAGUCUUCUGGACUUUGUUAUACGCAUGGAGGUAAAACCAAGCGCACAGAAGGCGAGGCCCUUGUCAAGGCCAUCAAGGGAGUGUUAUCAGCUCAUCUUGAGAAAUACCCACGAGACCGCAUGUGGCGGGCGCAGUAUGACAAGGUGGUCAAGUACGAGGCGACAUGUGCUUCGCUGUGA